UGUGUGAGUGUGUGUGUGUGUGUGUGUGCCAUAUGUGUGCCUUGUAUGUAAACAUGUUAUCUGGGCCUGCCAAUACGCAAAUAGCUUAAAGACUCAAGCGCAUUUUCAUCUCAAUCCAACCACCGCCCACCCACGCCUUGAUAGUGCACUGAAAUAAUCAAUAAAGCAGCAGCAGCAGCAACGAACGACGACAAAUACAUAGACACACGAUGUGGGCUAGUGAUAAGCAGCAACAAUAGAGGGCAGCCCUCCCCCACCCCUAUCCGCUCGCGGCUCUACCCAGACUUAGCUGAGCGACAGCCCCCACUCAGUUCCAGCUGCAGUUCCAGGCAUUUGCAAAAAAGAAAAGAAAGGAAAGGAAACUCCCGAUUGUAGCUGAUUUUUUGCCGUGAAAAUGUCGCGGGAGGAGCGUCUGCCCAUUGUGGAUGCAUCGAGCAGCAGCGGCGAGGAUGAGGCCAGGCCCGUUGUGCGUAGGCGCAGCACGCGCGACACCGAGCUGGCUGUGCCCAAGGAUGCGGGCUGCUGUGCGCCCACCAGCACGCCCCAUCGAUUUCUGGCCCUGGUCUUUAUGUGCCUGCUGGGCUUUGGUUCCUAUUUUUGCUAUGACAAUCCAGGCGCACUGCAGGACGUGUUCCAGAAGGAGCUGAAUUUGAAUGCCACCGAGUUCACGUUCAUCUAUUCCAUCUACUCGUGGCCAAACAUUGUGCUCUGCUUUGUCGGCGGCUUUCUCAUCGAUCGCGUCUUUGGCAUACGCCUGGGCACAAUCAUUUACAUGCUUAUUGUGCUUCUGGGUCAAUUGAUAUUUGCCACGGGCGGCCUGUUGGGCAAAUUUUGGCUAAUGAUUGUCGGCCGCUUUGUGUUUGGCAUUGGCGCCGAGUCCCUGGCCGUCGCCCAGAACAGCUAUGCGGUCCUGUGGUUCAAGGGCAAGGAGCUGAACAUGGUAUUCGGCCUGCAGCUGUCUGUGGCACGCUUUGGCAGCACUGUCAACUUUUGGAUCAUGCAGCCGGUCUACAACUAUGUCUCCAAAUCCUAUUCUGGCUAUACGGGCCUGGGCGUCACCCUCUUUCUGGCCGCCAGCACCUGUGUCAUGUCUCUGCUGUGCACUCUCAUAUUGGGCUGGAUGGAUAAGCGCGCCGAGCGCAUACUGAAGCGCAAUAACAAUCCCGGCGGCGAGAUUGCCAAGCUGAGCGACAUUAUGACCUUCAGGCUGGACUUUUGGAUGGUAUCGGUGGUGUGCGUGGCCUACUAUGUGGCCAUAUUUCCGUUUGUGGCGCUUGGCCAGGCCUUCUUCACGUCCAAUUUUCAUCUGACGCCCGAACAGGCCAACAAUGUCAAUUCGAUUGUGUAUCUAAUCUCGGCCAUUGCCUCGCCCCUGUUUGGCUUUAUCAUCGAUCGUGUGGGUCGCAAUGUUUCCUGGGUAUUUGUGGCCACAAUUGCCACGCUUGUGUCGCACCUGCUGCUCACCUUCAGCCAGUUAAAUCCGUACAUCGGCAUGUCCAUCAUGGGACUCUCCUAUUCGAUGCUGGCCGCCAGCUUGUGGCCCUUGGUGGCAUUGAUUGUGCCCGAAUAUCAGCUGGGCACAGCCUACGGCUUCUGCCAAUCGGUGCAAAAUCUGGGCCUAGCUGUGGUCACCAUUGUCGCCGGCCUCAUCGUGGACAGCAGCGGGGGCAGCCACUUUUGGCUGCAGCUCCUCUUUAUACUGUUCCUACUGAUUUCCCUGUUGGCAACGUGCGCUAUCUGGGCCUACGAUCGCAAGUAUCAGGGCAAUCUGAACAUGUCGCCGGCACAGCGGGCCACAUAUCAUACAUCCAUGUACGUGAAUAUUGAAUCUAGUUGAUGGUGUUCAGACUAUAGUACAUGUUGUAUUGGUGUUUAUUGAUAUUCCUCACUAAACGCGGCACUACGGAUCGACGGCCUCUAUUGGGCAACUAAGCACACAUCUAUACAUAUAUAUAUAUAUAUAUAUAUAUAUAUAUAUAGAUAUAUACUAUGCAUAGCAAAAAUAUGUACGAUUAACCAAUGUGAUGUUGUUUACCGUCUAUAAAUCUAUCUCUUUAACAUUAUGUGUUUGGCACAUAUCUUACGAACUAAUUGCACAAAGUUAUUGUUUAACUUAUAUGUUAACAACAAUUGAUCCCCCUCUAACAUAUCAGCAAACUAUUGUUAUAAUUGUGAUUGUAAUUUAUGUUGUUAUUUUUGUGUAUAAAUGUAUUCUGUGCCCGUUGCCAAAGAUAAAUGUUGAAUAAAAUAUACAUAACUAGCAA